UCUUGCAACUAAGACAAAAGUGGCAUAGUUUAUUUCUACGGCGUAUGAGAGCGCCUUCAAAGCCCUGGUCUCAAGUUGACGAGGCAACUAUACGAGCCAUCAUCGCAGUCUUAAGUACUGAAGAACAGUCUGCGGGUUUACAGCAACCUUCAGGAAUUGGGCAGAGACCAAGACCUAUGUCAUCUGAAGAACUUCCUGUAGCAUCUUCAUGGAGAUCAAACACUAGCAGAAAAAGCUCAGCAGAAGCAGAAUUUGCAGAUGACUCUUUUAAUGCUGAAAGAGUUCUAAUGAAAUCUGCAUCUCCUGCAUUUCAACAACCACUGAAAUACAAAGAAAGAAGUGUUCUGCACUCCAAACGUAGUACGGAUGACAGGUCAGACCAGUCAUCUGUGAAAUCCACAGACAGUAACAGCUACCCUAGCCCUUGUGCCAGCCCUUCUCCUCCGUCAUCGGGGAAGGGUUCCAAGCCUCCUUCUCCAAGACCAAAUAUGCCAGUUCGGUACUUUAUUAUGAAAAGCAGCAACUUAAGAAACCUUGAGAUUUCACAACAAAAAGGGAUUUGGUCUACAACUCCAAGUAACGAACGGAAACUGAAUCGCGCCUUUUGGGAAAGCAGUGUUGUUUACUUGAUAUUUUCUGUUCAGGGAUCAGGACACUUUCAGGGUUUUGCUCGAAUGUCUUCAGAGAUAGGACGUGAGAAAAGUCAGGACUGGGGAUCUACUGGUUUAGGAGGAGUAUUUAAGGUGGAAUGGAUCCGAAAGGAGAGUCUUCCCUUUCAGUUUGCACAUCAUUUGCUCAACCCUUGGAAUGACAACAAGAAGGUACAAAUAAGCCGAGAUGGCCAGGAACUGGAACCUCAGGUUGGUGAACAGUUGCUACAGCUAUGGGACCGUAUUCCUUUGGGGGAGAGAAACACAGCUGAUUGAACAUACAGCGAUAGAUCUGAGGUGCUGCUCAUGUGAAACAUGCAACCUGCUAAAAUCACCAGUGCACUACAAGAGAGAAAUGUAACUAAAUGGAUUCUGGGAUUCAGUGGCAUUCUUCCAGUACAGGCUGCAUUUGAUGCUGUGUGCUUGUUUGAAGGAAAACUUGCAGCCUGCUUUUAUUUUCAGUGAGAUGUUUGUUCUUAAUGCUUCAUAUGAUGUUUCAGAUAUUAAAUGGAGGACACCGAAGCAGACUGAAAGUAUUAGUGAACUUUGAAUAGCGGUGUAACUAUUUAAUAUUCCAGAAGAAGGAACUGGGAUUAGUAACAAUAAGUAGUCUGAAUUAGAACCUGUUCAGACUAUAAAAGACAUGCAGUUUUUUCAGGACUGCUUCUGCUACUAGAAUAAAACAAUGAGUGAAACAUUACAGUGGACGGAGCCGCUUCCCCUCAGAUUAAAUCCAGUUAAAAUUGUCACAUGAUGAGUGUGCCUUCUGUCAGAAAGCUGAGCUCAAGAUGUUUAGUUUUAACCAUAUUCUUUGUCAUUAUGUACUCUUAGAAAUGGGCAUCAACUUCUAAUACUGACUUAGUAAUAAGUGAACUCUGUAACAUUGAAAGAAUGGGCAUUUUUAUGCAACCAUUUGGCAUAGCCCUCACCAUACUCUGCCUCCAGAACGGACACUGGUGUUCCCUCUGCCACUUUUUGAGUAUGUUGUUUUUCUUUACCAUUUCCCUAUUUCUUCUGACUUCAUUUUUUACAAAUUUUGUCCUUUGCACUUUCUGCAUAUUUUUGAUUUCGUGAUGUCUUGUCCUUUAUUCGUUCUGACAUUUUAUAUGUUUUCUAGAAGUGUGGUCUAAAUUGCUGUUCACCAAGAAGAAAGGAGAAAUGCCACAUUGAACUUGAAAUAGAAGGGACUGUCUCUGUGUAUGUUUUUUUCCUACUGCACUCUGAGUAGGAGGGAUUGUUUCAGAGGUACAGACAUAAUCAUUGGCAGUCUUCAAAGCUAGUAAUAUAAAGAUGCCAGCUCUUUCCUGUAAACUGCUCAGUGAGAGGAGAAACCAUUAUAAAUGGUCUUAGUAGGAGCAA